AUGCGUAAGAUUUCCUACUUUUACGACCAAGAGAUAGGCAAUUAUAAGUACGCUUCUGGACAUCCAAUGAAGCCGCAUAGAAUUAGAUUGACUCAUUCCUUACUGGUUAACUAUUCAGUUUUUAAACGCAUGAACUUGUAUGCACCAAUUCCGGCUAGUUUUGAAGAUUUAACCAGAUUUCAUUCUGAUGAUUACAUCGAGUUCUUACGUGGUAUCACUAAAGAGAACGCUGAAACUCGUGAGAAAGAAGUUUCAAAGUAUAAUAUGAUUGAAGAUUGUCCUGUUUUUGAAGGUGUUUAUGAGUACUGCCAAACAGUGGCUGGUGGAUCUAUUCAAGGGGCAGUGCAUAUUAAUGAAGGUGAGUGUGAUGUAGCCAUUAACUGGGCUGGCGGAUUACAUCAUGCUAAACGUCGGGAAGCUUCUGGGUUCUGUUAUGUUAAUGAUAUUGUUUUGGGUAUUCUAGAGUUGUUGCGAUAUAAUGAAAGAGUAAUGUACAUUGAUAUUGAUGUACAUCAUGGCGAUGGAGUGGAAGAGGCUUUUUAUUGUACCGAUCGAGUUAUGACUAUUUCUUUGCAUAUGCAUGGUGAGUUCUUCCCUGGAACUGGAGCAGUGACUGAUACGGGGGUGGAGAAGGGUCGAGGGUACAGUAUUAAUGUACCUUUGAAUUCUGGGAUUGAUGAUCGGACUUACUUGGCUAUCUUUAAGCCGGUAGUUGGAUCGGCGGUGGAGAAGUUUAGGCCGAAUGUAAUUGUUUUGCAAUGUGGAGCUGAUUCCUUAGCUGGGGAUCGGAUUGGUUGUUUUAACUUGUCCCAUCGUGGGCAUGCUUCUUGUGUUGAGUUUGUUAAGGGUUUAGGAGUACCGGUGAUGGUACUGGGUGGAGGAGGGUAUACGAUUGCGAAUGUAUCACGGGUAUGGGCUUAUGAGACGGCCUUACUGGCUGAGGUUGAGGUACCGCGUGAGUUGCCGUAUACGGAGUACUUUGAUCACUACCAUCCUAACUAUACGUUGGAAGUAGUGCCGAUGAAUAUGGAAAACCAGAACACGGCGCAGUACAUAGAAAAGAUACACGAGCAGAUAGCUGAGAACAUUAGGCAUAUGCCGGGGCGGCCCUCUGUACAGAAUCUUCGGGCUAUGCCCUCGUUGGCUUCUGAGACUCCUGAUGAGACGAACGAAGAGAUAUGGCAGAAGCUUAAGGAGCGGCGUAUUCACUGGGAGGAUGAGAGCACGGAUGCCGUCAAUCCGGUGGAGUACUCUUUUGAGGAGGAGUAG